GAACGAAACUUGUUGAGGCUGUCUUAAUCCCUUAACGCUGAAGUAUCACAGCUUAGUUUUGUUUGCAAGUAUUUCGGUGACUUUUAAGAGUCGGACUGCAUUGGGUGUAUGUGAGUGGCUUGUUCAGUUCUAUUCGCGCGCUGCUAAUAGCUGUAAGCGAGACACUCUCGGUAUACUUUAUGUGUAGCUACUACACACGAAUGUCUUCCAGCUUUUACCUGAGAUCAUCUGCCGACGGUAUUUAAAUUGCUACAAGUUUACCUGGAGUUCGUUCACAGCUUUUCUUCAAACUGUUUACCUCGACGGUAAAACCUGAGCAUAAAUGCAUCAGUUGUGUGAUGUAAACGAGAAUAUCCGAUUAGACCUUUUUAGUGUAGAUUAACGCUGAGAAGCACUUAACAGGAGACUACAUCUUACAGUUUAACUUUUCAAGGAUUAAUCUUUUGAGUGAUUUCGGAAAAAAAAGUUUGCUGCAUUUUUGUGGAUACAUUUUUGAAGAACAGAUUCGCCUAAAUUAGGAUACUUUAUAUUGGAAAUGUUACCAGAACAUCGUUAAUGUUGGAAUAAUCGACCAUAGAAUCAAACCUGGGUAAAGAUGAUGCCACGGUUGGAGAAGCUUGUGUUAACGAUUUGCCUGGCGUUAUCUGUACCGUUUUCAUCUGGGAAUACAAAUGACUACCUGCACCACAACCACGGGUGGGGCCCCUGGAGCGAGUGGUCCGGUUGUAACGCCCAAUGCGGAACAGGGGUCAUGACCCGGGAUAGGACAUGCAUUCGUGAAAAUCACGCCUGCCAUGGACCCCGUGUUCAGUUUAAAGUUUGUAAUACUCAGGCGUGUCAGCCAGGACAAUCGUCCUUGAGAGAAGAGCUCUGUUCCUCCCACGACGGGGAGGAUAUUGGCCAUGGACGUUACCGGUGGGCCCCGUAUAUGAUGUAUGACGGGAGAUGCGAGUUGACCUGUCACGCAAGAGGUCAUGGUUUCUAUAACACAUUCAACGAUCCUAUCACGAAUGGUACCAUAUGCAAAAAGGACGGGUCAGCGAUAUGUGUGCAGGGAGUGUGUAAGCGUUUUGGGUGUGACGGGAUCGCCGGAUCACACACGACUAAGGAUAGGUGUGGGGUGUGCGGUGGAGACGGAACUACAUGCGAUAUCAUGAUUGGGGUCAAGGACGAUCCGAGGUUAAGUUAUGGGUACAGCUUUGUACAGACCGUUCCCAUCGGAUCAACAUACAUCAACAUUACACAGCUGGCGAGAAGCAGAAACUAUAUAGCAUUAAAGGUUAAAGAUGGUCCUUACUUUAUGAAUGGUAACAGGCGUCUAUCUCGUCAGGGACCGAUCAAAGGGGCGGGAACGACAUUCCAUUACCACAGGAGGUACACGCGCAAGUGCCCGGGGGAGUGCGUCCUUUCAGAUGGACCCACAACACAGGACAUUGAUAUUAUGGUUUUAGCAUUUGGACAAAACGGUGGAAUAAUGUAUAGAUACGCCCAGCCAAUAAUCCGGACGGACCCUAUCCCGACCCUAAACUCCUACGCUCUGGAGGAUAUCAGUCCGACAUUCACCGACCUGUUUGAUCAAUCCGAAGAAUCCGAAAAUGAUGGUGUUGUGAAAGUUACUUCAAAGGCAGAUUUUAAUGCAAGCGAAUCCGGAACAAACGAAACCGACGUGAAGAUAGAUGGUGCCGUCAUUGUUCAGGACACAUUUUUAGGGCCGGAACCGGAAAUUGCACCAACUGUAAAAUCGGUUAACAGUGAGCAGGAAGGUACAGAAACUGAUUCCAUCGUGUCCGGAUCAAAUGAUGAAACAAGGACUCCGGGUUACACACAAAGCUUCGAUUUUAUGGACAAAAUGAAAGAGCGCCAAAAUAAUGGACAUCAGAAUAAUGGACAACAAAAUAAUGGACAAGAUAAUGGACAGCAAAAUAAUGGACAGCAAAAUAAUGGACAAGAUUAUGGACAUCAGAAUAAUGGGCAACAAAAUAAUGGACAAGAUUAUGGACAACAAAAUAAUGAACAAGAUUAUGGACAACAAAACAAUGGGUAUACUAGUGGUGACGGCGAAUUUGUUAAUACACCUUUAGCGGAUACGGUCGGAACAAACGAAAAUGUGAUCGUUAUAAAUCCAGAAGAGUCUGUUUACGUGUCAGGCUCCGGUGACGCGAUAUCCGGACGAUACCAGUGGCGCAUUGUGGGAUACACGGAGUGUAGUAGAACAUGCGGCACAGGCUACAAGAGACCUGACCUGAGAUGUUCCGCUUUUGGCUCGCCUGUCCGAAGGUCCAAAUGUCGGAAUAUUCCGUUACCAAACCGGGAUGCCGUUCCAUGCAACGUCAAUUCGUGUCCCAGCGAUAGCCCCGCAAGAUGGGAGUCUUCUGAUUGGUCAGCUUGUAGCGUCACCUGCGGGUCGGGUAGUAAGAGACGUCACGUCCGGUGUGUCAAGUAUAUGGACCAAAACAACGCCUUUGAGGUCAGACAAGAGAACUGCGCAUAUGCCCCUAAACCGGAUGCUGUACAAAGUUGUAGGCAGGAGGAAUGCUAUCAGUGGAACGCCGGACAGUGGUCAAGGUGCUCCACUACCUGUGGAUUAGGGACGCGGACCAGACCGGUCACAUGCAUGACAACGAGCGGCCGAGCGGUGGUGGAGAGCGCUUGCCACAAUAAUCCCCGGCCUGUGGCCUCGACGUCCUGCUCAGAGUCGGAAUGUUAUAAUAAUGUGCCAGCUGGGGACAGCUCCGAUACGAACUGGUAUUACACGCAAUGGCGGUCCGAGUGUCCAGUAGACUGUGGGACGGGAACACAGACCAGGAAGAUCGCGUGCCUUAGGCGCGAUGGAUAUGCCACCUCGGAGCAGUCCUGUUCCGUCUCCAUGAAACCUUCCGUGUCCAAAAGUUGUACGAAACGAGGGCAGUGUGGAGCAUACUGGUUUACUGGGCCGUGGAACGAGUGUAAUGUUACCUGUGGAACCGGAAGUCAAACUCGGUCAGUUGUGUGUGUGCGCAAAGACACUAAUGGGAUGGCCAGUGUCAUUUCCGACUAUUAUUGUGACUUACAAGAUAAGCCCGAGACUACUACUUCCUGUCAGCUGACUAGAUGUAUGCCGGAGUGGUUUGUGUCGGAGUGGGGACAGUGUUCUGUAACUUGCGGAAAUGGCGUGCGUUCCCGAGAGGUGCGAUGUCUUGACGGGAACUACCGACCUGUAGGUGGAUGUGAUCCGACCGUCCAACCGGAAACAACCGAACCUUGCAAUAUGGAUGUGUGUAACGUAUAUGUACCUCCUCCACAGGAACAUCAAGAAUGCAAGGACAAGUACACGCACUGUAUUAUGGUCCUGAAGACGACGCUUUGUAGGUAUGGAUACUACAAAGACUUAUGCUGCAAAUCAUGUCUGGAAGCUGGAUUCGUAUGAAGGUUCUGAUGUCAGUUAUGUCGUCACGAGAAACAUUGAUACAAAGAGAUGAUGAACGAGGGAUGAUAAAGACUAUAUUUUUUUUAGAAUGGAAUAUGAAUAAGAUAUCUCUGAUGAGGCGAAGAGUGGGAAAUACAAUUUGUAACGUAUUCAUUUGUGGCAUUGUCUACGUACGAAACUACAUACGUUACCAUGGAAACAUAUUUUUAAAGCCAUGCUCGCCUCCUUAUACCUCAAUUAUUGUGAUCAAUCCAUUGUUGUGUAACAUUUAUGACAUUUUAAAUGAGUUUGGUAAAUGUGGCAAUGUUUAUGUCAGUUGAUUGUGUCUACAUCUAUACUGCUAGUGAAUUAAGUUGCAUAAACUCGUGACUUUAGCAGCAACUAUUAUGACAUAUAAGGCAUAAGCGCAUGAGGUUUCGUGCAGAACUGGUGACGCAACAUGGCAUAAACCUGCAAAGACAGAUUACGUAUUAAAUUGCAUAGACAUGAUCCAAGCAUGAACUACGUAAAUGAUACAAAUAUCCAUGCUUGAGACGGGAACGGAGGCGAAAAAAAGAAAUAGAAAUAAACCCCAAAAAAAUUCUCUGGGAACAUUUACAAUGAUAGCAACCAAAUGUGAAAAAGCGUUGUUAAUGGUUGUGAAACUGUAAACAGAAUGUAUAUCAAUUGCGUGUGUAGAAUUGGAUACUAUAUUCUGACUUUAAUGCCCUCAGAGCUAUAGUUGUAUUGUUAUAUCUAUAUGCUUUUAAAUAUCAGUGUUAGAGUACUAUGCUGUUGAAUCAGCUGAAAUAUGUACAGCAAUGUCUACUGUUUAUAGUGUAUGUAUUUGUGAUGGGACAAGUCCAGUCACGUUUCUGGUCAGUAUCGGGUCAGUACUGUUAAUUGUCAUCUUUGUUUGAGAAUAUUUUGAACUUAUUUUGAAGUAUGUAUGAACCCCAAAAUUAUGAUAUUAACCGACACGAAGCGGAUGUUAAUUUCAAUAUAAACCGAACGUGCAGUUAAAAUCAAAACACGAUACGUCACCUUAAUGUUUACGAUGUGAUUGUCGACGUAACAUGGUGAUUAAAGCCAUUCAUUUUUAUAUUAACGGCAUAGUUAAAUUUGUUUUAUCUCAUUUGCCGUAUAAUACAAACACCUUCUGUAACUUCGGUUAAAAGGGAUAUUAACAAUAGUUACAAAAUGGACGUUAGUCACCUAUAGUCACUAUAACAAUUAUUGGAUAAAUGAAUAUUAACAAUCACCAAGCGAAAAUUGAUAAAGGAAAUGUGUUCCGUAACCUAUGGCGUGUCUAAGAGAAAUUGAUAACGGGGAUCUGAGUAUCGCUUCUAUAAGUCAAAGGGACUGAUAUGUAUAUAUAUAUAUAUAUAUAUGAUGAAUGUAUACAUGCAAGUUUAUGGUGCAUGCCCUAGUAACUUACGUAACAGUAUAUCGUCAUUGCGACGUGACGUCAUAUCAUCGACAAUGAUUCACUGCCAGCGGUUGCUUAGUGUAACAUGUGAUAUAUCAUUGUAAUAAACACCUUUCAUUACUUUAUGUGAUUAUAUAGAUGGAUAUGAACCCCUACUUCCGAUAUAAUGCUCACAUGCACCGUUAAACACGUGUUUCCCUCUUGUUUCCCGUAAAUUUCUGUAAACAUGUAUAUGUGUGUUUUAUGUAAAUGUAAAUAAUGAUUGUAUUCUCAAAAAAGAUUGUAUGGUUGCGUUGUUCGUAUUAUUUUUACAGAACAAAUAUUAGACAUUUGUUUUGCCAAGAAAAGUUCGGAUUGUACAGGGUUACAUUUUGGUGUAAAGCACUGAAUACUGUGCAGCUUACCCUUUUCAGAAUGUGCUAUUUGGAAAUGGGAUAGGGGCAAUUUUUCUCGGUUUUACGUUUGUAAUAUGACGAACUCCUUUACCAGCUCCUCACAAAGAUAAAUAUUUUAAGUGGUUGGUUUUUCGCGGAAAAGAGAAAAUUAGAACCACGCGAAAAAUGUAUGUUGCACAGUAACAGAUUGCGCUAUGACAUUGUAAUGUAUUAUGUUAGAGGUUUGAUGAACUAGUGUCACGAUUCUGUUGAUGUGAUCCAUCCAAAUUCGUUUUCUGAUCAUCAAAGUAGUGGUUGAUGUCAUAUCCGUUCAUUUCAGUGAUUUCAAAAAGCACUUUUCUAUUGCUUGUAUAAGCAUUGUCACACGUAUUACAUUAGAUGUACGUGAUGGACGAGGUUACACUAGACCUGAUAUACCCAAAAGCUAUCAUAAAGCUCAACUUACAGGUGUGAUUCUGCGCAAUGAAGAAGUGCUAUAUUUGACGACACAGGGAAUCGGCGGCAUUGCCUAAACUACCUGCUGUUAUUAUGUCGAUGGUAUCCCGUAUCAUCAAAUCGCUUGCUAGAAAUUUAAAACGAUAAAAAAAAAAUAGCGGACAAAACGAAAUCGAAGACAGACUGGUGACGUCAUGUUUACAAAACAUCACUAAAUGAUACAAUUCUAUUACAAUUUGCCUAUUUCAUAAGUAGACAGUAUUGAAAAGUCCCGGUUUGUCUUAUGACGUCAUAGUGUAAAAUAAAGACCCUAAUGAAAACUUAUAGAUUGUUUCAGAAUAAUAUGACUAAGUACUAUGUAUGUUAUGUGACGUGGCUGUAUAUAUCCGCUAAACAUGACGUCACAGCGCUAACUUAUAUCAUCAUUUCCAUUCUGUUGAUUCAUUCAUUAUACAUGUAUAUAUAUGGACAGCUCAGAAUAGAUGUACGCUAGAUUGAACCAUAGGUAGAUAUAGUGUACAUAGAGCAUCCAGUUGUUCACAGAAGAUACAUGUGUAAGGUUAUAUAAACUCAAAUCAGCUAUUUCGCUAUAUGCCAUGGAAACGUGUAUAUGUACAUUUGUUUGUACCGCAUGGAAGAUCGUGCAAUACUAUGCAAUUAUAGCCUUUUGAUGAGAUCGAUCCGUGGUUGUAUUAACUUCGAUUAAUAUUUUUUCAUGUUUAUUUAACCAUGUGUCGGGAAUGUCAAGAAGCUAUAACAGUUUUAUUAUGAAAUAUUUUCCAUAUUUUAAUACAUGUAACUAAUUGUAUCAACAAACCUACAAUAUCAAAAGUGUUUUAAGCUUUUGUAUAAGUACAGUCAAACAUCGUUAUCUCGAAAUUAUUCUAAAUCGAAAACCCUGCUUAACUCGAAGUACAAAAUCAGUUCCAAUAACAAAGUUUCUUUAUAAGAUAUACCCAGUUACCUCGAAGACUCGGGAUGUAUCGAAGUGUUUCCGUGACCCUAUUGACUUUGAGAUAACGAGGUUCAUCUAUAUCUCAAAGGACCACAAAUCAAAAUAGGACAGUAAUGUUAUCAAUUCAAAAUAAAUGUUUUUGAAUUAUUAAAAUUUACCUGUUUUCCCUCUCAAAAAUACACAUCUAUUUCGAUCUCUAUUUGUAUCAGAGAUAAAAAGCAUGCGGUACAUCUAUGAGGGUGUUUUAAUGCACGUAAUUUUUUUUCUUGUAAAAUAUAUACAUGUCUCUGAUGUAAGAUACGGUUAAGGUAUCAACAAAAUUCACAUAAAAAUGAUUGAUUGAAACACUUAUUUAUAUGUGAUGAUAUUGUUUGUCUGAAAGACAAUGGGUUUGUUGAAUUUAUACUCCAUGCUACAAUGCGAUACCAUGCUUAAUUUAUACAGUGCCGCGACGUUAAAGUACAUGUAUUUGAUGAUAAUAAACAAACGCAUUUAAAAUACUCAAAUAAAGUUUUUAACUGAGAA